GCUGCAGUAUACAGGGACAGAAGAAUUUUGACACAGACGCACACACUCAUGCCUAUUCACAUGCCUGCACACACAUGUCUUCACACAUCCAUGUGCUCAGACACAAAAGCAUACUGUGCUGCUGAAGUGGGGAUGUACAACGGCGGAAGGUGACAAUUCCUUGAAAAUUUGGGAUAGAGGGGAGAUUAAAAGGUGAUCCUCACCUCCCUUCCUUUCUCCACUAUGUCCCUGUUAUUGCUUUCCCUUAUGCUGCUCCCCUUGUCCCACCCUGCCACCACUCCUUUACCUAAUGUGUCAACCUGUGGAUCCACCCAAACUGGUGAGUGCUCGGAUGGGGUUGUCCUGCCCGCUUGGCUACCUCACCCACCAUCCACUGGAGACCAGGCAGCACGUGCUAUUGUCUACUUUGUGGCUCUGGUCUACAUGUUCUUGGGAAUGUCUAUCAUAGCUGAUCGCUUUAUGGCAUCAAUUGAGGUCAUCACUUCUCAGGAACGUCGAAUAACUUUCAGAAAACCCAAUGGAGAGGUGACAGUGACAAGUGUACGCCUCUGGAAUGAAACUGUCUCCAAUCUAACACUUAUGGCCCUAGGCUCCUCAGCACCAGAGAUUCUGCUUUCCAUAAUUGAGGUGGUCGGACGAGGAUUUGAAUCUGGUGAUAUGGGUCCAAGUACAAUUGUUGGCUCAGCUGCCUUCAACAUGUUUGUGAUUAUUGGUCUUUGUGUGAUGGUAGUGCCUGAUGGGGAAAGCAGGCGUAUCCGCCAUCCACGUGUGUUUGCAGUUACUGCAUUUUGGAGUGUCUUUGCCUAUGUGUGGCUCUUCCUGAUCUUGUCCUGGUCUUCCCCGGGUGAGGUUGAGGUAUGGGAAGCCCUGUUGACAUUCUUUUUCUUUCCAGUAUGCGUUUUGCAAGCGUGGCUGGCAGAUCGACGUCUCCUUUUUUACCGUUAUGCAGGACGAGGAAGAGAGGGAAAGGCAAAGUAUAGGGCAGGCAAAAGCAGAGGAGUACUUGUUGGAGCAGAGGAUACAGUCGGACAAGAAGAACCGGGAGAGCUGAGAAUGGCUGGAGGGGAAAGAGGAAUGUUUGCGGAAGAUGAUGAAGAAGAAGAAGAAGAGCGGAGAGACAUGGCAAGAGUAUUUAAAGACAUGCGUCAGCGAUAUCCAGGAAAAGACAUGGAACAGUUAAUGGAACUAGCCAAUUACCAGGCACUUGUUCAACAACAGAAGAGUCGGGCUUUUUAUAGGAUCCAGGCCACCAGGAUGAUGAUUGGUGCAGGCAAUGUAUUGAAGAAGCAUGCAGCAGACCAGGCAAGGAGGGCUCUGACUGAUGGUAGCACAAGAGAGGGUCAGGGAGGAGGACGUGGAGAGGAUGAGGCACGCUGGACGGAGGUGGAAUUUGAACACACUCACUACCAGUGCUUUGAAAACUGUGGAACAGUUAGUUUGUGGGUGGUGUGUCGGAGGGGGGAGGGUGAAGGUGCAGUUCAGGUUGACUACAGAACAGAGGAUGGCACUGCCAAUGCAGGGUCAGACUAUGAAUUAGCAGAGGGAACUGUGAUAUUUCAGGCUGGGGAGUCAAGGAAGGAAUUGCGUUUAGGCAUUAUUGAUGAUGACGUAUUUGAAGAGGAUGAACAUUUUUAUGUGCAACUGUGUAACCCCCGGCGGGCCAGAGGAGUCAGGGAAGGGCAGGGCAGAGUAAGGCUGGGAACUGGGAGAAGAGCAACUGUGACAAUUUUUGAUGAUGACCAUGCUGGCAUCUUUAGCUUUGAGGCUGACAGUAUGCGAGUGAGUGAGAGUAUUGGUACAAUGAGGGCUAAAGUGGUGAGGGGAUCUGGGGCACGAGGCAAGGUAGUAAUUCCCUACAGAACAAGUGAAGGCACUGCCAAAGCAGGAGAGGACUACCUAGAAGUGGCAGGAAAGGUGGAAUUUCAGAAUGACGAGACCACGAGGUUUAUUGAGAUACAAGUUAUUGAUGAUGAAGAAUAUGAAAAAAACAAGAAUUUCUUCAUAGAGCUGGGAGAGCCGGAAAUGCAAAGAGGAGGUGAUGUUGGUGAAAAAUGGUUGGUGCCUAACAAGGGAGGAGAAGAAAUUGCUGGGAGCCCGAGUCUUGGGGAGCAUCGUAAGAUGGAAGUCAUAAUAGAGGAAUCGUAUGAAUUCAAGAGCACAGUGGACAAGCUGAUUAAGAAAGCCAACUUAGCUCUUGUAGUUGGAAGCAGUAGCUGGAGAGAACAAUUUGUGAGUGCGGUUACUGUCAGCGCAGGAGAUGAUGAUGAUGAGGAGAGCAGUGAGGAAGGGCUACCUAGUUGCUGUGACUACAUCAUGCAUUUCCUGACCGUCUUCUGGAAGGUCCUCUUCGCCUUUGUUCCACCAACCGAAUACUGGGGGGGCUGGGCCUGCUUCUUGGUCUCCAUCGUCAUCAUUGGGAUCCUCACUGCUGUCACUGGCGACUUGGCUGCUCACUUUGGCUGUACUGUGGGGCUCAAGGACUCUGUCACUGCUGUAGUCUUUGUUGCUUUGGGGACAUCUGUGCCAGAUACUUUUGCCAGCAAGGUGGCUGCAGUCCAAGACCCUUAUGCAGAUGCUUCCAUUGGUAAUGUGACGGGCAGUAAUGCAGUGAAUGUUUUCUUGGGCCUAGGAGUAGCAUGGAGUAUUGCUGCUAUAUACUGGGCUGGAAAGGGACAAAAAUUCUUUGUUGACCCUGGAAGCCUGGCCUUCUCUGUAACUCUGUUCACAGGGCUUUCCCUCGUCUGUCUCUCCAUUCUCAUGUACCGUCGACGCCCAAGUAUAGGUGGUGAGUUAGGAGGCCCUCGCGUUCCCAAAAUUCUUACUGCUCUUUUAUUCCUGGGACUUUGGCUAAUAUAUAUCCUUGUUGCCUCACUUGAGGCCUACUGCCACAUCCAAGGAUUCUGAUGUACUUCUGGGCAGCUAGCUACUGCAAAUCAUCAAAAUUCUGUCUUCCCUGUUUCCUUCUGGGUUAGUAAUUUGGCUGCCUCACCACAGGUAACAUUAAAACCACAAUCUGAUGAACUUAACCACUUCAAUGACAGAGAGCACAGUUAUAUUUUAACUUCACAGGCAACUAUUACACCAGACAACUUUUUCAAGUUCAAUAUUCUUUCUGAGGCAAUAACUGACAACUGCACCGAUGAAAUUCAAUCAUAAAGAUGGAGACAAUGCCUCUGCCACGUACAAUUAAUACUUACCUCUACAAUCCAAGACACAAGUAUGACUACUGAAGAUCCCCAGGCUUCCACUACAGUGCUUUUUCUGGGGCGAUUAAAUCAAACAGCACAAUUUAUCAAGAUAAUUACCACAUCCAGGGCUUCCACUGCCCCAAUGGGCAAAAAUAAACUGGUCUGCAUUCCAAGGACCUAUAACAGAAUAGAGACAUUGUAAACACAACACAUUUGUGCAAUUAUUGUUAUAAGACAUUAAAAUGUAACAAAGGGGAGAAAAAGCAGACAUUGAAGAAUGUAUUUUCUUAGUCGAGAAAAAGUCAAUGCAAAAACAGACAAACUGAGAGAUAUAAAAAAACCUAAUAAAAAGAAGUAAAAUGGGUUGGGGAAACACUGGAUAAACGAUGGAGAGGAAAGGAGAAUGGGAAUAUUUAGCUGAUGUAUAGAAGUGGGCGAGGAUGCAUAAGGCACAUAUGGAACUAGGAGGAUUGUGAUAAGUUGGAAAAGAGAGAAGAGCCAGAAUGAGAGAUAU